UGCCUGAUGUGUUGAUUGCUCGUCUUUGUGUUUAUUUCGCUUCCAACUUCAGAUCUCUAUGAAAUAUUCUAUUGUUUUGACGCAUUCAUUCAGAUUCUUAAUUAUUUCAUUUAAUUCAUUCAAAAAUCGAAUAUUCUAUCACAAUCUCAUUUUAAAUUGUGAAAUUUCAACUGAAUCGUCGAGAAAUAGAUCUGAGAUGAGCGAUAACAGUGGUAUAUCGCCUGCUCUUGCUGCAGCAAUCAUACGUAGAAAGGAAAUAGAAAAGAGGAUACAAGAAAAAUCCAAAGAGGAGUUGAUUGAUCCAAAUGCGAUAAACCCAUAUGAGGAAAAUACUAAGGAUUGGUACGAGUUCGAGACGAAACGUCGGUGGAGCAGAUACACACAGUUGAAAAAAGUGGCAAAGGAGAGAAUUGCUGAAGCACGUCAACGAUUGGGAAAUCAACCAGAUGCGAACACAAAAUACAAAUCGAAUAUGUACCCACCACCAGAAAUGGAAAUGAAUUAUCAAUUAUUCAAAUAUCUGAGAAGCCAAGAAAAAAACAACAACGGUGACACAGAGCGGAAUGGGAAUGACAAUUAGACGUAAAUAUCAACACGAAUGCUGAUUAUUAUGAACCAGUUUGAAGUGAAAACUCAACUCGAGGAACGAUACUAUGAUAAUUCUUGAUUUUAUUUAAUAUGAUUUGAUUUUAAUUAAAUUGAAACAACGAUUUUCUUGAUGAUGGCUUCUUAAGUUGAUUAACACAGCUUUGUUUUGAGUUUAAAUGACACAUGCUUUGACGUUUGUUGAUGAAAUCUAUGAAGUAAAGAAAAAGAUGAAUAAAUAAAGAGAAAAAUGAGAGUGAAAA